CUGUGAUUAACAAUGUGUAACAGAGAUUGUUUCUCUCUUUAACCAUCUGCAGGCCAGCAUGUCCCAGCGCAUAUUAAAAUGGGUUCCUUCAGCAAUUUGAAGAUUUUGUCCAAGGCACAAUGUUUCCUGUACCACCAAAGAAGUUUCAGAAGAGGUCAACUACAUCAGCCACUACAGCCAUGCAAGAAGUGUUUUCGAUGGAUCUUUUUGCUUUACCUGCGCCGCAAAAGAAAAAUCCUUCGAAUGAACAAUCACCCUGCAGUGUUGCUGACAUGCAAAUAUUAACCCAGACCCCAGACAGUUCUGAGACUUGGAUCGAAACACCAAAAUGUGCCACGCCGGUCUCAGAAAAUCUCAUGAGGACCUCCCCUUUCAACACCACAGCAACAGUAGAUCAUGAAAGUACUCCUGUGGGCCACAAAGCAGGAGCUAGAACAGCACGAGAUUGGGGCUGCUCUCCUGUCUCCAAAAGAGCGAGGUCACCAGAUCACAGCAAUAGUCAAGCCUCAAAAACCUCCAGGACAGCGAAGGUAUUGCAAGUGAUGCGCAAAUGCACUCCAGUCUCGGACAGAGUGAGGACACCACAAGUGAUGCGCAAACGCACUCCUUUGUCAAACAGAGCGAGGACACCACAAGUGAUGUGCAAACGCACUCCUUUGUCAAACAGAGCGAGGACACCACAAGGUACAUGUAGGAGAAAAUGUGAGCGAUUUCCAGCACCCCUCAAGUGAAUAGUGUGCGCACUCCGGUCCAGGACAGGGCCAGAAAUCAACAAGGUACUUUUUCAUUUGAGUACAGCAGUGAUCACAACGGUCUUGUUGAAAGUCAGAUGUGUAAUGUCCUUUUCUUCCACCCUCACAGCACAUCUUGGCCAUAGGGGGGUAGUAACAAGUUACAUUUACUCCGUUACAUUUACUUGAGUAACUUUUUGCAUAAAUUGUACUUUUAAGAGUAGUUUUAUUCAAAAUACUUUUUACUUUUACUUGAAUAAUAUUGUUAUAAAGUAACAAUACUCUAACUUAAAUACAAUUUUCGGCUACUCUACCCACCUCUGGCUAGAUAAUUCUAUAUGAUUUAUAUAAAAUUAUUUAAGAAUAUAUUUGUGUUUGCCUUGAUUUGUUAUUUUUGUAAAGAUUUAAUGUAUUUUGUUUUAGUUAAAGGGGUAUCUUUUGAAAUACAUGAAUUUGCAGAUUAUUAUUUUUAUUGAUCUUUGACUGAGGUUGUAAAAUUUGUAGAAAUUUUUUAAAUUUUGAGGAAAAGGUUGU